AUGACGUGCGCGCGCUCGUCCUUACUGGUGUGCGUGCAGCUGUUCCUGUGCUUGGGCGGCACAUGCGCUCUGCAUUCGAGGAGCGUCUCCAAAUCGUUAGCGAGCACCGGGACAACAUGGGCCAAGAUAUACCAGAUCCAGGAUGGUCCAGAAAGCUCGUAUGCCUUCCCCCUCACGACCGGAGCUUAUGGAAACAUUACUAGUUCGGAGAUUGGCUCAAGUCAUGCGAAGUACUCCGACUCGGACAUCAACGCCAUGGCGUCGGCUCGAGACGGCUACACUCACGUUUACCAAAUCACGAGCUCCGAUUGCGCUUCUUACCUGUACGUGAGGUCGAACGACAAUUACGUCGACACAUCAGCAUCAUUUGGCCUUACCAAGGAUAAUACUCAAGUUUGUUUGAGUUCAGCGUACGAGUCUUGCUCGACCUGGGCCACAUUACGUUCCACGUUCCACGGCAUAGACUUGCUGUACUCAAGCCCGAAUCUCGGUGGGGAGACGUGCUGCCGUUAUAUGUUUGGGCACGGGACAGUCGAUUGUCUUUUUGGCCCCUCAGGCCACCGCUGCGUCAACGGUGGCGGCGCGUGCGUCAACGUAGCCUUCAACUCCAAGUAUAAGAAGUUGGACCAAGUGGCGUUUUACAUCUGGACGUCGACGCCCAGCCCAACGCCCAGCCCAACGCCCGAGCCGACGUCCAGCCCAACGCCCAGCCCAACGCCCAGCCCCCCAACGCCCAGCCCAACGCCCCAGCCGACGUUCAGCCCAACGCCAAGCCCAACGUCUAGCCCAACGCCCAGCCCAACGCCCGAGCCGACUUCUAGCCCAUCGCCCAGCCCAACGCCAGGACCGACUUCCAGCUCGACUUCGGCCAGUGCGAUGGGUGACCCGCACAUGACCUCCAUUACGGGGGCCAAGUUUGACAUCGUGCGACCAGGCAACCAUACGUUGCUUCACAUCCCGCGUUUCUCCACUCAGGGUGACGACCUUAUCGACGUGAGAGGAUUCGUCAAGCAUGAGGGGUCGACGUGCCUGGACAUGUACAUCGACUCCUUGCACAUUACUGGCAAGUGGGUGGACGAGAGGCAUCUCGGAGUCCUGAGUUUCUUCUCCGGCAAGCGCACCGAGCUCAGUGACAACUGGCUGACCUUCGGGGUGUUGAAGCUGAAGGUCGUGCACGGUUCGACAUCUGGCGGCACAAAGUACCUCAAUUUGUUUGCCAAGGAUCUGAGCAAGGUACAUUUCUCAAUCGGCGGCAUUCUCGGGCUGGACGACCACAGCCAGGCGGCAACCCGAGAAGAGGAGUGCAAGCGAGCGAUAUCUCUGUUGGUGAAAAUGUCAGCUAAUGAUCCAUGAUUGUGGCGAAUUUGCGACACUACCAGAUGUGCGUAACUGCGUCAUGAACCCAGUGUGGUCAUUUUGUGCACUCAGUGCAUAGCCUUCUGUCUGGCGUGCGCUUGGCGUGCCGGCUAGUGGAUGUCCAUCUGCAGAAGCGUAUGGAGAGAGAACGCUAAGAAAUCCAAACUUGCUCUGGGCGCGAUCCCUUCCCC